GGGGGCGUGUCUCCGGGUCGGUCCUCGUGCCGUCACCCGAGAGCCGCGGGGGUGUGGGUUCCGCGGGGGCGAGCGCGUCCAGUUAGGAGACCCCGGGAGCCGGCUCCGGCCCGCGCGGCGCCAUGGAGGUGGUGGAGGCCGCGGCGCAGCUGCAGACGCUGCAGUUCGGCAGCUCCGGCCAGGGGCCCGCGGCGUCGGAGGAGCGCGGGGACACCGACCAGGCCGAGCAGGGCCCGGAGGCCGGGGAGCAGCCGCCAGCCCCGAGCGCCGAGGCCGGCGGAAGCCCGGCGCAGCCCGACCCGCCGCCUCCGAGCGAGGCCCGCGCCACCGGCCCGGACGCCGCGGAGCCGCCGCCAGCCCUGCCGGCCUCGGACUCCUCGGACUCGGACUCGGAUUCGGACAGUGAAACGGAUUCAGAUUCAGAUAGUUCAAGUUCUUCCUCUUCCUCCUCCUCAUCUUCCUCCUGUGUAUCACUUCCUCCAGUGCUGUCAGAUGGAGAGGAAGAUGUACAAGUUGAGAAGGACAAUAAGAAUUUUCCUCUUAAAACAAAAGAUGAGUUGCUUCUUAAUGAACUGCCUUCUGUUGAAGAACUCACUGUUAUUCUGCCUGAAGACAUUGAACUAAAGCCUCUUGGGAAGGUUUCAAGCAUUAUUGAACAAUUAGUAAUAAUUGAGUCUCUGACUAACAUACCUCCAGUUAAUGAAGAUACUGUCAUUUUCAAAAGUGAUCGACAAGCAGCAGGGAAGAUAUUUGAGAUAUUUGGACCUGUUGCCCAUCCAUUUUAUGUGUUGCGGUUUAAUUCUUCAGAUCACAUUGAGAGUAAAGAAAUCAAAAUAAAGGAUACUAUGUAUUUUGCUCCAUCAAUGAAAGACUUCACUCAGUAUAUAUUCACAGAAAAACUCAAACAGGACAGAGGAUCGGAUGCAUCCUGGAAGAAUGAUCAGGAACCACCUCCAGAAGCCUUGGAUUUCAGUGAUGAUGAAAAAGAAAAAGAAGCCAAACAGAGGAAAAAAUCUCAGAUUCAAGGGCGGAAAAAGCUCAAGUCAGAAUUGAAUGAAUCAAGUGAGGAUUGUGGUGAAGUGCAUCAGAAUUGGAAUGCUUAUCACUCUUCUUCAGAGUAUUCAAAAGGCUAUCACAACAGAGAAUUCACAAGAGGCUUUCCCAGGGGUAGAUAUCCCCGAGGAAGCCACAGCAGACCUCCACCUCAACAGUUAUAUAGCUCAGAUCAUAUGGUAUCUCAAGAGACUUUGGGAUUUCCACCUCAGAGACAAGAUAAUCCUGUCAUGCCCCACUACCCCUAUCCCCCUCCUAUGUUUGAUAUGCAUAACUUUUCACUGCCUCCCCCACCCCCACCUGUAAGCAUGGGGUGGGCUGCACCUAACAUGGCCUCUCAUCCCUUGCUGAAUUUACCAUAUUCCCUGCCCCCACCACCCCCUCCCCCACCUCCUCCCCCUCCCUCUCCUGGAGAGGGUAAUUCUCAUUUUGGACCUUACUAUUAGGUAUAUGCUUUUAUUUCAGAAAAAUGUAAACUGUUCAGAUUAUAUGUUAAAGGUUUUUUUUAAAGGAAAGUAUUAUUGAGCUAGAUCUUUUUAAAAAAUUGUAAAAUAAUAAAUGACUCAGUUGAAUGUUCAUAUAUAUUUUAAAUAACUAAGUUCAUAUAUAUUUGUACUUGUGUGAAAUGGUGUUCAUAGGAACAGUUAAUCUCAUUCUUGGAGAAAAAUUCAAUUUAUGUAAUAUUUAAGUAAAAUGUUGAAUCAUGUCCUCCACUAUUCCCAUCCAGUAAGCAACAUGCAUAGUCGUGGUUAUGGAGGAGGUUUUGUCGUGGCUAUUAAAUAUGCCUGUAUAAUAUGCUGCACACUGAUUGUCUUUUUAGUAUAAUCUUAAGAUGUUGAAGUCCUACUAAGUGUCUUUAAAAUAAAGUAUUUUUUAUAAACUUGA